AUGGAGACGCUGCUCGGGGUGAAGGGCAAGGACUUCAUCAUGCUGUGUAGCGACACGAGCGCCGUGAGUCAGAUCAUCACGCUCAAGGAUGACGAGCAAAAGAUCUUGCCCAUCGACUCGCACCACGCAAUGGCCGUGACGGGGGAGCCAGGGGACCGGGUGAACUUCUCGGAGUACAUCAUGGCCAACGUUAGACUUUAUGCUCUCCGGAACAGCGUGGGGCUCAACACGAAGGCCAUCGCGCACUUCACGCGGGGCGAGCUCGCAACCGCACUGCGAAAGUCGCCCUACUUCUGCAACCUCCUCAUAGCUGGAUACGACGAGGCAACGGGGGCGUCGCUAUACUGGAUGGACUACCUCGCCACGAUGCACAAGAUGAACAUCGCUGGCACGGGCUACGGCUCCUACUUCGUGCUGUCGAUGUGGGACAAGCUCUGGCAGCCGGACGCGUCGGAGGAGUACGCUCUUGACAUGAUGAGGAAAGGCGUCGCUGAGAUUCGGAAGAGGCUGGUGGUGGCGUCGCCCAAGUACCAGGUCUGCAUUAUCGACAAGAACGGGUUCCGCGAGGUCACGACCUUGUGA